AUCCUGCCCCACUAAAGGGUCGGACUCUAAACCUGCGCGCAGUCUCCAUGCGGCUCACCGUCUGCCCUACAGCAGGGUUGGAGUGGAGAGGGGGACUCCCAGCGGCCUGGCAACUCCUUUGCUUCUCAAGAAGAUCAGAGGCGGGAAGCGGCGCCGUAAGAAGAGCACGCUGGGAGGAUUGGAGGAGGUGCCCGGGCUGGGAAGAAACCAUAGAGCGGCGAAGAAAAGCGUCAGAAGCAGGCCGCGGGUUUGGGGCUUAUUAACCGCCUCGUUAUUGCGGUGGGGAAGGAGGCAAGAGCUGCUUUGGAGGACCCCAAGAAAUCUGCAUGCAACUAUCCGGUCUGAAGCUGAUUCCACAACACUUCUUGCGCAGCCAGUCCUUGAUUGAUUUGACUGUGCGAUCCUUCAUGGAUCUAAAAGUUCUGGUUUCUUCCCUAAAUGAUUUUGCUUCACUCUCACUGGCUGAAAGUUGGGACAAUGUGGGGCUUCUGGUUGAGCCAAGUCCUCCUCAUACUGUCAGUACCCUCUUUCUGACCAAUGACCUGACCGAGGAUGUGAUGGAGGAAGCACUGCAGAAGAAAGCAGAUCUCAUUCUUUCUUACCACCCACCCAUUUUCCAACCACUGAAACAUGUGACAUGGAAAACAUGGAAAGAACGUCUGGUGAUCCGAGCCCUGGAAAACAGAGUUGGCAUUUAUUCUCCCCAUACUGCAUAUGAUGCUGUACCUCACGGAGUCAAUAACUGGCUUGCCAAAGGACUUGGUGACUGCACUUCUGCUCCUUUGCGACCUGCUACGGCUUCUAAUUACCCCACAGGAGGGUCUUUCCGGGUUGAAUUUACUGCUUGCUCUGCUGAAAACCUAGAAACAGUUUUGUCCAGUUUGCGUGGGGUGUCAGAAGUGUCGCUCGUUACUGCUCUCCCUGUCAGGGUUGACGGUGAAGAGCAGACCCGAGUCAGCUUGAACUGUACCCAGCAAGCCUUGCUGCAAGUAGUGGCCUUGCUUUUCCAGAACAGUCUUCUUUAUCAAAAGACUGAAAUCAUAUCAUUACAGAAGCCUCUACUUGAAGAUACUGGAAUGGGACGGUUGUGCACACUGAAGGAGCCGGUCUCUAUUUCUGCCUUGAUUGAACGAGUCAAAAGCCACUUAAGACUAUCUCAUAUUCGCCUAGCUUUUGGAGUUGGAAAGUCAUUGGAGUCCCAAGUGAAGGUGGUUGCUCUUUGUGCUGGUUCAGGAAGUAGUGUUCUGCAGGGUACAGAAAGUGAUCUCUAUCUCACCGGAGAGAUGUCCCACCAUGAUGUAUUGGAUGCUGUUUCCAGAGGGAUAACUGUUAUCUUGUGUGAGCACAGCAACACUGAACGAGGCUUUCUGUUGGAGCUGCAACAAGUGCUGACUGCCUACCUUCAGAACAAGAUCUGUAUUGUAGUGUCUGAGAGAGACAGAGACCCCCUUCAAGUGGCAUAGCAGAAGGCAAAAAGAUCCCAGUGUUGAACUCUGGCACAUCAGAUUGCAUCUGCCAGGGACGUAACAUACAAGUAAAUAUAAUGGGAGGAGGCACAGGCCAAAAGGAUACACUGUGUGGUGUUCGAAGUACUGGAGAGAACCUGCUUGGAAAAUAAAUGGCUGGCUGACCGACCACCUGUUUGCAAAACAUGACUUUAUUACAGCUAAGAACUAUGUGUUCGGAUGUUUAUAUUUUCAUUCCGCAUAAUCCAAUGCUUGACUUCUUAAUUUUCAGCUUUGUAUUUUUGAGCAGCUGGCACUGCAUCAUCCCAUCUUUUUACAAUAAUCCUGUGAAAUAGGCAAUUCUCAAGGGGAACAGAGUUCUAUAUCUGUAAGGCAGUGUGUGAUUAGUUAGGUUAAGCACAAGGAAAGUGAGAAACGGAUCCCAACUGCAUUUCCUCCUUGAUAAUGUCAAGCAUCCCUUCAUAGGAAGGAAACAGUUAUCCCCCAAAAUUGUGGAGAGCAGCAUACCUGGCAGACAACUGCAUCUUCCCACCUAUAAGGACACCACUUAAAAGGAAACAGGCACUAGGAAUACAGGUGGGACCCGCUUAUACAGCAGUUUCCGUUCCAGACUGCCACCGUAAAGUGGAACCCAUUGAGUAUAAUGGGGCGCAUCACGCAAAAAUGCUGCAAAAGCGGCUUUAAAACGGGGAAUUUCCCCUAAUUGAAAGCUGCCGCAUUAGCAGAAUGCCAGAAUGCGACGUGCCGGUAAGCGGGGCCCUACUGUACAGCACCAUAUGUGGUGCCCCAAAGAAGAAUGCUCCUUACUUCCUGUUACGUGUAUAGGAUUGCAGCCAAAGUCAAGCCAAGGCAUAUUCCAAACUUCACUUUGGAAUUUAAUGCUGUGCAAGGAAAAAAAUAUAUAUAAAAGACUGUAGUUUGAAAGUUCUACCGUACAACUUCAGCUUCUAUAUCAUGGAAAAUAUAGGACAAAAAGUAGAUUAAACCAAUGAUAUCCACAAUAUAUACAGUAUUGCAUGCUAGAGAGAGGCACAUCUCAGAACUUUUUCAAACAAUUUUCCAAUAGAUACAGUAGUUCAAAUAUUAUGACUAGACCAAUCAGAAGUUGAUCUGGCAAGCUUAGAUAUCAGAACUGGUAGGACCUAGUUUAAGCUGCAUGCACAUUUAUUCUGGAAUAAGCCUCAUUGAAUUUAGUGGGAUUUAACUUCUGAGUAAGGGAGCAAUCCAAACCCUGGCUUCCAACAGGCAGUGCUUUAUGAAGUAGCGAAGGCAUGACAAAUUCUGCAGCAGCCUAGAACUGGUGCAGUCAGUGGCCCCACUGUUAUCACAAUGGAAGGGGAACAGGUUUAGGAUCCAACAGAUCUGGAGAGGCCCAGCUAUGCCCCAUUUUAAGCCAGCAGCACUUCUGCUGGCCUGCACAUUCAGUAGGUGGAAGCUCUGUACCAGCGUAGUGACACUAACAUUCCACCAUGUGGCUUAGGCCUGCAGAGGGACAACUCUACCGCUACCCCCAGUUUGGCACAAGGGGGGAGGCUUGAUUGCUCUGCCCAUACAACUGUAUCCACUCUGCAAUUUCACUUUAAUUAAUGCUCUUCUCAGGUUUUCCCCCCAACAUUUCAAAUAUAGGUGUUCCCUUGAACCAGAAAAUGGAGUUUUAUUUAUAUGACAUAAGAGAACCAUACAAAAAGAAUCAUUGUACAACUACACAUUUUUAUUCAAAUGAGUUUUUUAAAAAAUACUACAUCUCAUUACUUCUGACGUUAUGGUGUUAAAAUUAGCAUAUUUGCUAUUUUUUAAAAUUUUAGAGACAGAUGCCAGUUCAGAUUUUUAAAUGGCUUGUGUUCUAUAAACCUUCUUUAUACCAAUUAAGGCUAAAAAGUUUAACAAACAUCUCUAUAAUAUCCUGGAGCUCUGAUGCUCAUAUCUGGCUUUGCCCAAAUUCAGGCAUUUCCCCGCUGCAAUCCCUCCAUCUCACACUGCACACAUUAGAAGACCAAUAAUGUAGCCUGUAUAUAAGACAUACUGGAAGACACUUGUCCAUUGGUGAAAAAAUUAAGUUGCUGGCAGCCACUGAAGUUUGCUUUCAAGCACAAGCAACUCCAAUCCAACCCCUUAUUUCCAGAUUUAUGAGCAGAAAGGCACAUUAUUUAUCAAUGGGUGAAAUUUUCUUUGUAAUGGAAUACACGGAAGGAAAGCAUAAUCCAAACUGGAAAACCUGAGCAGAUCUGGACAGAUCUAAAAGUUGGCUUUUUGUACACAAUGCUUUACUCCAUUAUUACAGGUAGAUAAGACUCCCGAGAUCUGAAAAUUGGCUACGCUGCAGGAAGUAUUCCAGCAGGUCUUCAGAGCAGUUGCCAUUGGGUGCCUGAGAGCCUUCAAACUUCAUUAUCUUUUUGUAAAAAGUCAGUCAAGGUCCCAGAGUCCACAGGAAUUAAUAAAUAUUCAACUCCAUCAGCACCCUGAAAACAAGCACGCUAUGUAGAUUAGUUCAAAGGCCUAAGAAUGACAGCUUUUUUCCCACCUAGCUAGCAGAAUCUCAAUGUAUUGUUCUGGAUUUGUCUUCUGCAAUGAUAAAUAAACUAGCACAUUUCUUCCUGAGAAGAACAUAAUGCAGUCUCCUAUCAGGAAUCUGUAAAAGACAGCUUAAACGUGUCACUUGGAAUGUAACCUUCACAAUAGCAUCAGCAAACGUUUAGCUCAUUUCAAUAGCAUGAUUACACACAUUGAUAUUUCUGUCUUUUUUGAAAACAACACUACCACAAAUAUUUAAUUGUAGUUCUACUGGCAUUUACCAUGUAACCACAAUCAUUAAUCCCCAUAUUUUUAGCAGCAUGGACAUGGUUAAGCAAACAGUCACAUUAACAUAUCUAAAGCACCGUAACAACUGACUCACCCUCUUAGUCCUAAUGAGCUUGUGAUCCCUGAAUUCUGUGAGUUGAGCUCUGAGAGUUAGGUCACUAUUGACCAGGAAGGCUUCCCGACAUUGCUGGUAGAAAUCUUGGAAGGAAAGUCCUAGUAGAGGAAAAGCAGCAACAAAACACCUAGCAUUAAAAAUAAAGUGUUUCUGGAGUGAAGAUCAGAGUUGCUAAUUUUUCACUAUGAUGCUUGAAGGAACAUCAUCAAAAUAAAUCUGGAAUCCACUUACUGGUGUGGAAUAGCAUACCCAAUCAGUGGAUACUGAGUAGAGGAAUAAUUCCUCUUCUUCCAAAAGCUCCAACAUGAAUUGCAUAUUUUAUGAAAAUUUUAAGUGUAACUUUUAGAUGGAAACAUUUAGGAACACAGGAAAAAUGCAUUAUAAUGCAAAUCAAAAUACCAUGUUCAAACAUAACAUGAUUUGGCACUAUAUGAAUGAAUCCUGUGCUGGCAGGUGCUCUCCUUCCUCCCUUUGCAUACUCCAAUGUCCCUCUCACUCCUGACUUAGUAGUUAAUUAGAUAAAGAAAGGUUUGUGCAAACAAUAACUUGCUCAAAAAUGUGUGUGACGGAAUAAAUUUCUUUUUCAACAA